CGUAACUUCUUCAUCUACUCAUCCGCCGUCACCUCCAUACAUAGUGCCCGCCUCCGAAGAUUGUUAGUCUUGCCUUUUCUCCACCCCCCCCCCCACCUUCUCUCCUUAGCUGUCUGCCCUUCUCUUUAUUUCCCAAGCAUUCCCCCUUCAUCUCCUUUCUUCUUUUCCUCCUCUUUUCCACUCAUCUGUCCAUCGACUUCAUCGCUUUUCUGUUAUUGGUUUAUUUUUUCUUGCCAAAUUGAUUUCUUGCUUUGGUCCCUGCCUCACUCCAGAGAAUAACUUGGGCUGAGCAAAAAAAAUCAGGAGAAAGAAGGAAAAGAAAGGACGAGAAGAGACCGGUACCUCAUUGGGGAGCAUAAAUAAAAGAAAAAAGUUUUUGCUGCACAUACGCAGCAGUCAUCUCAAAACAUUCAAUAUUCUCCUGGAUACUGGGUAGCUGGGUCAUCUAGUGGACACACGCAUCAGUAGCCCUGCUGUUUCUUCCCCGCUCCUCACCCCUCAUCCAUUCAGCCCGCUCUUUCACCUCUUUCACGGUAGUCCUAUAUCCAGGAACGGGGCGCAGGUUCUACGGUAGCGAUCAUCAGGAAAAAGUGGUAGAAAACUUUUGACACCCGACCGCAUAUUCCUCUCACACGUAACUACGCUCUCACCUCGCUUUACUCGGUACUCUCUUUGGCUCGCGCAUUAGGGCAUUCGAAAUAAUUUGUGUCUUGCUGCAAGCGCCAGCCACACCACGCCGACUAGCGGACCGACCAACAAGCAACUCGAAACAUAUGCCACUGGGGCCCGCGGCUCUUCUUUAAAAGCCUCCCUCCACGCUCCCACGCUCCCACUUCACGCCUUUGACUACCAAAGGCGUCAAUCUAUCGUCCACCACGGCUCGCAGAUUCUUGCUUAGGAUAUCUCUCAAGAUUUUAUCUACUCGACCCUUUCGGAGUACCCUUAAUAACAUACCACCUCCGGAGACCUUCGUCCACAACAGUUGUUUUAGGGGUUGCUAGUUUGAGGCCACCAAAACUUCAAUCUCAAUUCCUUCCUCUGCUGCAUAGUUCUCGCCAUCGCUUCCUUCCUCUUAAGGAGGAGGGGUCGAGGCGGUCGCCCUUCGUCAACUUCGAGUGUGUUCGGUUUCGUCCACCUUAACAGGAAGUUUUGCGCUAUCAUUACCAAUUCUUGGGCUCUUAGGGCUUGGAUUUCCCAGAGUUUACCAUCAAUCAAUUUCGACAUAUGAGUCCUUCUGAAACCGCUGCUUGGCCACCCAUCGCUCUUUCCUCCCACUCCGAGAGUUCCUUUCAACUUCGGUGCCCUCAAGUUAUGGCUCCUUCGGCACUUGCAUCAUCAAGCCCAAUCUCCCCAGUUGCCACUCAGUAUAGCUCUAAGAGACGCAUCAGUUCGGCCGCCACCAACACAAAGAAUUCUGCGCAGACUUUAAUCUCUUGCGCGUUGCAAACACGUAUCAACAGCAUCAAUCCCGAUGAGUGUGAGGCAGGUGGUGAGGACGCCUUCUUUGUGGCAGACCUUGGCGAGGUUUACCGCCAGCACAUGCGCUGGAAGAUUAAUUUGCCCAGAGUGGAGCCUUUCUAUGCUGUUAAGUGCAAUGGUGACGAGAAGGUCCUAAGUCUUCUUGCUGCAUUGGGAACAGGAUUCGACUGUGCAUCUAAGGCAGAGAUCCAACAAGUCUUGAACCUCGGCGUUAAUCCAUCUCGCAUAAUCUAUGCAAACCCUUGCAAAACAGCAUCCUAUAUUCGCUACGCAGCUGAGGAGAACGUCCGUAUGAUGACCUUCGAUAACGCCGAAGAACUUUAUAAGGUGAAAAAGUUUUUCCCGCAUGCCCGGCUUUUCCUUCGCAUUUGCACCGACGAUUCCAAGGCUUUGUGCCGCCUUAGUCUUAAGUACGGCGCUCCAUUGGAUUCCACUCGUCAUUUGUUGGAAUUGGCCAAGGAUUUGCGAUUGGACGUGGUAGGUGUUAGUUUUCACGUGGGGUCCGGGUCAUACGACCCUACCGCAUUCUUAACUGCCGUUCAGGAUGCCCGCAGGGUGUUUAACGAAGCAACAGAGGUUGGCUACGAUUUACGCACUUUGGAUGUCGGAGGUGGUUAUGGAAAUGACAACUUUGAAGAAAUCGCCGCAGUUCUUGGGCCGGCCAUUGACGAAUAUUUCCCACCCAGCGUCCGCGUUAUUGCUGAACCCGGCCGCUAUUAUGUUUCCUCAGCAUUUACAAUUGCAACUCACAUCAUUGCACGCCGUACUGUUCAGGAGGAUGGGUCCCGCAACCCCUCUUACAUGCUUUACCUCAAUGAUGGUGUUUACGGAAAUUUCUCGGGCAUCCUAUUUGAUCACCAGAAGCCAGUUCCAAAGGUAUUGAAGCGUGGCGACAAAUACUUUUUCGGAUCGACCCCCACCGAUUCUCAAUUGACCAAAUACUCCAUCUGGGGACCAACCUGUGACGGCAUUGAUUGUAUAUCCUCUUUCAGCAAUUUGCCCGAGGUUUUGGAAGCGGGCGAUUGGCUCUAUUUCAGUGACAUGGGAGCCUAUUCUAAGUGCUCGGCGACCAAAUUCAACGGCUUCAGUGAUAAUCACGACGUUGUCUACGUUGUGAGCGAUCCAGGAGCGUUGGCACUUCUCCCCUAAGCAGUUACCGAUGAGCAACUAUCCAGUUGCACAUUGCGAACUUUCGCGAUGGAAAUUUAGGUUGGGCUAUUAUUUAGGCCAAUUGUGACAACAUUUUUUUAUUUAUAUAUUUUUUAUAUCUUUUGGCCUUAGGUGUUUGUUUCUUUUCUUAAUCGUAUAAUAUUACAUGGCUAUGUAUAGAUGGCUUCGAGCGUUUUUAUUCUACCCUACACCUUGAAUGUUUUCCUUUUUUUCCUUUCACUUUUGUCAUUUUUUACAGACAUUUCAUUUGUCAAACAUGUUGAUCAUGUUGUGGUUAUUUGAGAUUUCUUGCAUUUUGAGGUUUCAUUUUAUUCUCGGGAAAAAGUUCUAGAAGGGGAUCUCAUUGACGAGUGAACGGAGAAAUACACGUUUGAUUGGUUGGUUCAGUCUAUGUUAUCGAGGUUGGAGGGAAAUAAUAAGUUGGUUGUAUAUUGGACCAUUAUUUUGCUGUAAUUGAUAUCACAGUUUCAUGCAGUAUCAUCGCUGCUCCGCCAGCCA